UCCCAAUUCAAAAAGGAAAAGAGGCAUCUUUUAUUCUCUCGCCUGAAAACACGCACACUCAGCUCUCUUCUCUCCGGCGAAGAGAGGGGAGAGAGUGAAAGAGAGCUUAAGGAAGCUGAAGCUCUUCAUCGCCGGAAGCCUCUCUCUGGUUUGCGUUGAAAUUCACUUGUGCUUCUUUCCCCGAUCUGCUAGCUCGAUCCUCGAUAAUCGUUUAAUUAUUUUGAAAUGAGUUUCCUUGUUUAUGAUCUUGAGCAUUUGCACCUUCCGAUCUUCGUUUUACAGCUCGCAAUUUGUACCUCCUGAUCUUCGUUUUACUGCUCGCAAUUUGUCUACAGGAAUUGUGAAGAUCGAUAAUUUAAUUACUUUGGGAAUUCCUACACCGGCGUUUUAGUUGGUAGACCUGUAGAAGCUUCUUGACCAAGAUUUCCUGAUCAAGCAUCAUGUUCAUGGCUUCAAAAAUCACUUCUUUGCAGGCAUUUUGCCUAAGUGAUCGCCUAAUUUUUCUACCUACCCAUUUCCAUUAUCUUGUUAAUUGGCACAAUAGAGGCAGCUAAAAUUUGAAAGUUUCGAUACGAACUUUCUAUUUAUCUACUCACAACGUGAUCGGCCAUCAGGAGAGCAAUGAAAAGAAACUUACAGGAUGGACUUCUAGACUAGUUCUACUGUUAAUGAUGGACCACAAUCACUUGACAAUAAAAACCUUUAUGGCCAUCACGGCCGACAGAGAUGCUGCCAUCCGAGAAAAGAACAUGGCAUUGGAGGAGAGGAAGAGGGCUUUUCAAGAGCGUGAUAUGGCAAUGUUACAGAGGGAUGCUGCAAUUGCUGAAAGAAACGCUGCCAUUCAAGAACGGGAUGAAGCGAUUGCUUCUCUUCGAUAUCGAGAGAGCUCAAUGAACGACAACACCGAUAUCCCUGAUUCAUAUGAAAAUGAGCUUGCAAGUGGGGGCAAACGUAUCGUCCAGUACCAGCAACAACAGCAAAUGUGUGUUUCUGAAGCUGCUGGAUAUAGUCCUAAAGGAAACUUACGAGGCAAUGAAAUUGUUAUUGCAGAGACUGCCGAAACCCCUAAGCCUCGGAGAGGGAGGCAGACGAAAGACAAAGAAGGAAAAGCAACAAAAUCAGCCAAGCCUCCGAGAGCAGGCAAAAGAACUGCUGAAGCAGUGAUAAAAGAGGAGGUAAAUUCUGAUGCGUACAAUGGUUGGAGUAAUGAGCACGGUUUGGACAGUGAUGAGGAGUACCUAGAUAAGCAAGUCUCCUGGAAGGAUAAUUUGGGUUUAAACCAAAUCAAUUUCGAUGAAUCAGCCAUGCCAGUCCCUGUUUGCUCAUGCACAGGCUCGCCACAGCCAUGCUACAGAUGGGGGAACGGAGGCUGGCAAUCUGCAUGCUGUACAACCACGAUCUCAAUGUAUCCACUGCCUCAGGUAGCGAACAAACGCUACUCCAGAGUUGGGGGGAGAAAGAUGAGUGGGAGUGCAUUCAACAAGCUGCUCAAUCGACUCGCUGCAGAGGGGUAUGACUUCUCCUCCCCCCUCGAUCUCAAAGACCACUGGGCAAAGCAUGGCACGAACCGUUACAGCACUCUUAAGUAGCUUCAUUAUCGGAGAACAUUAGCUAUGCUCUAUUUUGUUGUUGUACUCCAUCCACUAGGUUUUUAUUCUCUCUUUAUAAAUGCUAAUAUAUCCAUUGUAAUUGUCUUGAUUGUAUUUUGUAAUCUAAUUUACAAUCUGUUGUAUACUGCUUAUUGGAUCGAAAUAUUUCAUUGCUUCAAAA